GGUAGAGGCAACUCCUUCAUCACAUCCAUUUCUGUACAAGUCUCCUCCCUACCUACAGGUCCCUCUCUGUCUCACGUAUACAUACACACACACACAGAGGGUGUGUGUGUGUGUGCUCCAGCAUCACUUGAGUGGUGUGCGGGCUGCUGCUGGAGGCACGUACUCACCGCCACGCACUGCGCUCCAUCAGACACUCUUCCACGACCAUGAGAGGCUGCUCCAGCCGAUGCAAGUCCACGCAAAACCAGGACAAGGCGGUAUGUAUGACCAACUGUCCCACCCUGAUCGUCACCGUGGGCCUGCCUGCAAGAGGAAAGACCUACAUCUCCAAGAAGCUGACCCGCUACUUGAACUGGAUCGGCGUGCCGACCAGAGAGUUCAACGUUGGACAGUACCGGAGGGAGUUCCUGAAGAUCUACGAGUCCUUUGAGUUUUUCCGUCCCGACAACGAGGAAGGGUUGAAGAUCAGAAGGCAGUGUGCUUCAGCGGCUAUGAACGACGUGCGACAAUAUUUAACAGAGGCAGGAGGCCAAGUCGCUGUUUUUGAUGCAACAAACACCACCAGAGAGAGAAGGGACACCAUCCUGGAGUUUGCAGAACAGAAUGGUUUUAAGGCUUUUUUUGUAGAGUCGGUGUGUGAAGACCCUGAAGUCAUUCAGGAAAACAUCGUUCAAGUGAAGUUGGGAAGCCCUGAUUACACUAACUGCAACACGGAAGAAGCAGUGGAGGAUUUCAUGAAGAGGAUAAAGUGUUAUGAAAACUCUUACGAGACGCUGGACGAGGUCUUGGACAGGGAUCUCUCCUUCAUCAAGAUUAUGGAUGUCGGCCAACGCUACCUGGUCAACAGGGUGCUGGACCACGUCCAGAGCCGGAUCGUCUACUACCUCAUGAACAUCCACAUCACGCCGCGCUCCAUCUACCUGUGUCGCCACGGAGAAAGCGAGCUCAACGUCAAGGGUCGGAUCGGAGGCGACUCGGGUCUCACGCCGAGGGGGAAAGAGUUUGCUAAGAAGCUGAACCAGUUCAUCCAGACACAGAAAAUUGGUGAGCUGAAGGUUUGGACCAGCCAGAUGAAGAGAACCAUCCAGACGGCAGAGGCCCUCAACGCCCCCUACGAGCAGUGGAAGGUCCUCAACGAGAUCGACGCGGGUGUGUGUGAGGAGAUGAUGUACGAGGAGAUCCAGGAAAAUUAUCCCCUGGAGUUCGCCCUGAGGGACCAGGACAAAUACCGCUAUCGCUAUCCAAAAGGAGAGUCCUACGAGGACCUGGUGCAGCGCCUGGAGCCCGUCAUCAUGGAGCUGGAGAGGCAGGAGAACGUGCUGGUCAUCUGCCACCAGGCGGUCAUGCGCUGCCUGCUGGCCUACUUCCUGGACAAGACGGCAGAGGAGCUGCCGUACCUGAAGUGCCCACUGCACACCGUGCUGAAGCUGACCCCCGUGGCCUACGGCUGCAAAGUGGAGUCCAUCAGCCUCAACGUGGAUGCAGUCAACACGCACAGAGAAAAACCAGAGAACGUUGACAUCCAUCGUACCACUCAAGACGCCCUGCAGACCGUCCCUGCUCACCUCUGAUGCCUGGGCUGGAAUCAGAUGAUACUGAAGUUGAAUCCUCUUCCCCCCCAGUGAACUCCCUGCCCCCUCCACCCUGACCAGUCUUGUGCGUUUCUCACAUUUCCAGUCACUGGUGACCCAUUAAUUGGGUGGACGACAUGCCACACUGCCACAACCCUUAGCUCUUCCUGUGUCCUGUGUUUGUCCUGUUCGAAUUUAAGGAGGAACGUUUGACCUUUAUGACCCUGAUGUUCAUAUCGUAAACACUCAGCUCACGGCGGUCGGUAAAUUCGCUGCUUUCAGGGUGUUGGUGUUGUGCGGCGGCAGACUUGACACUGGGAAGUUACUGUAGCGUGUUUUCAAGUGUUAACCUUUUUUUUUUGCAAAAUAUCCAAUUCGUCUGCUGCAUGUUUGACUUUGUGCAGUCAUAAUUUCACAUGAUCAUGUGCAAUUCUGUAGGUUUUGAACCUGCACUGAUAUGAAAACAAAGCUCUUUAUGAUAACUGUGCUAAUAGGAGUGAACGGAGAAUUGGGUGGGAAUAGUCCCCACCCCCCCUCCUAGUUACUGUACGUGAUGGGGUAAGCCCACCUGUAAACUAUUAUUGUGAAGCAACACAUUUCAGUAAUAAGAAUGCAAAAAGGAUCAUUAGCCAAAAAUAUUGGUGGUGUUGAUCUCAACUUGAAAAUGUAUGUUCCAACUCUACUGCAAUAAAGAUGUUAUUUUUCUAAACCACUCA